AUGAGGUUGGGUCCUCAGGUGUACGUGGAUGCCCUCGACCACCCGGAGGUCAUGGCGAGAUACAUCAACGACUGCCGAAACUCUUGGCUGUACAACGUGGCCUUCCGAAAGCUCCCGCAAGAAAGCAAGGCGCUCGUGGUCGCGCUGAAGGACAUACAGCCCGGCCAAGAGAUAUUCGUAGACUACGGCAGGUGGUACUGGCUAUCGCUCAAGCCUACAAAGCUUGGCGACGACGGCAGCGCCACUGCCAGACUGGAGCCGAGGCCACCGGACGUCUCAAGAGAGCAUUAAACUAUUGGACCGGUUGUUAUGGUGUUAACGCCGAGGGCAAACGGCAAAGGCCUACUGCUCACUGCUGUCGCUCGGCUCUAUGCACAUGAGUUUAGUCUUGCCAUACUCGAGGGAGGAGUAUUGGCGAGAGGUUACUGUAGGUUUUCCCGGCGAAAGGGUUCGUCAGGAAAGGCCACUGCUUCCAUUGUUUCUUGGAUUCGGAAGUCUCAGGACCGGUUUCUUUGGUCGUUGCCUCCAACCGGAUGGAUGCCCUACGUUCGUGGUUGGGGUGCUUGAGUUGAAUUGCCGCGGAUGGAUGCCGCUCAAUGUCGAUAAUGUUGCAGUUUGAACAUUUUUUGGCAGCGAGGUUUUAACGAAGACGUCGUCAUAUUC